GUGCUAGUAUUGUAUAUUGCAUUAAUUUUCUCAAUUGUGCACAUGUGAUUAAACCGUCCUAGAUGUUGGUUGUGAACCUACCUAGAUCUUUGAAACAAUCAAGUUACCUAGUAAUUCUAUUGCGCUUACGUUACUUCUUUUCAGCAUAAUCCUUAUCGAUUAGUUCUACUUGUGAUUUUCAGCCUUGUCUAAUUUAGCGGCAAAGGGCAUUGGUCUUCUCCAUUUCAUCGUCGACCCCUCCUCGAUUUAUAUUUUAUUGUUAAAUUUUAUAGAUCCCAACAGCGAAAAUGAUUGCUAUAGGGCUUGAAGGUAGUGCUAACAAAUUGGGUGUUGGUAUUAUAUCACAUCCUUCCAAAGGCAAACCAGCAGAAAUUCUUUCCAAUAUUCGACACACCUUUGUCUCGCCUCCAGGAGAAGGUUUCCUACCAAAAGAUACUGCGAAGCAUCAUCGAUCAUGGGUCGUGAAACUUGUGAAGCAAGCUAUGGCGCAAGCCGGAGUAAAAGUAUCUGAUAUCGACUGCAUAUGUUACACAAAAGGUCCUGGCAUGGGGGCACCUCUCCAGAGCGUGGCGAUCGCAGCUCGAAUGCUUUCUCUGUUAUGGGGUAAAGAGCUGGUAGGGGUGAACCAUUGUGUCGGGCAUAUAGAAAUGGGUCGAGAGAUUACUGGGGCACAAAAUCCGGUCGUUCUAUACGUUAGCGGAGGAAAUACCCAAGUGAUUGCAUAUGCAGAGCAACGAUAUCGAAUUUUUGGAGAAGCGUUAGAUAUUGCAGUUGGUAACUGUUUGGAUCGUUUCGCAAGGACCCUGGAAAUCAGCAACGACCCCGCACCGGGAUACAAUAUUGAACAACUAGCAAAGAAGGGAAAGGUGUUGCUAGAUUUGCCAUAUGCGGUGAAAGGAAUGGACUGUUCAUUCUCUGGAAUCUUGGCAAGCAUCGAUAUACUCGCGGCGGAACUUAAGGCGAACCCAGAGCAAAAAGACCCGAUCACUGGAGAAGUUAUUACCACUGCAGAUUUGUGUUUCAGCCUGCAGGAAACUGUGUAUGCGAUGCUGGUGGAGAUCACAGAACGAGCUAUGGCUCAUGUAGGGAGCAACCAAGUCCUCAUAGUGGGAGGCGUGGGUUGUAAUGAGAGGCUACAAGAAAUGAUGGGUUUGAUGGCAAGAGAUAGGGGAGGAAGCGUUUUCGCAACCGACGAACGUUUCUGCAUCGAUAAUGGUAUAAUGAUAGCACAGGCUGGACUUUUGGCGUACGAAACAGGCUUCAGGACUCCAUUGGAAGAGAGCACAUGUACUCAGAGGUUCAGAACGGAUCAGGUCUUCGUCAAAUGGAGAGAUUGAAUAAUAUAUUAAGAACUAAAUCUUGCCA